CCUAACUCUUUGGUUCUAACCAAUCAAUUUUUGUUUGUUACAUAGAAAUUUCUACUACAAAUGAAAUAAAAGUGUUUGGGUUGUUUGGAUCGAUUGAUUAUGAGUGUUGAUGUUUUGUUCAAAUCACCACCUGAAAUGAAGAAAGAACAGGAAAAUGGAUCUGAACCGUCAGCCCCAGUUACAAAAAAAGGAAUUCUAACCUCUUUUAAAACCGGCAAGCCUAUGAACAUACCAGAAACUGAUAUACUAGGACAAUGUCGAUUCGUAUCAGAAUUCGAAAAACUGAACAGAAUUGGAGAAGGAACUUAUGGUAUUGUGUACAGAGCUAAAGAUACCGUAUCUGACAAAAUCGUGGCUUUAAAGAAGGUUCGUAUGGACCAAGAACGUGAUGGUAUCCCAGUUAGUAGUUUGAGAGAAAUACAAGUAUUACUGAACUGUAGACAUGAAAAUAUUGUUCACUUGAAGGAAGUUGUAGUUGGUAAAAGUCUUGAAAGUAUUUUUCUAGCAAUGGAGUAUUGCGAACAAGACUUAGCAUCAUUGCUAGACAAUAUGCAGGCUCCUUUUACAGAAUCCCAAGUUAAGUGUAUAAUGCUUCAAGUUCUAAGAGGUUUAAGAUACUUGCAUCAUAAUUUUGUGGUCCAUAGAGAUUUAAAAGUUUCCAACCUCCUAAUGACAGAUAAGGGCUGUGUGAAGAUAGCAGAUUUUGGAUUGGCCAGAUGGUUUGGUGUACCUUUGAAACCAAUGACACCUCAUGUUGUUACAUUAUGGUAUAGAGCACCAGAACUAUUAUUAGAAGCUCCUACUCAAACUACUAGUGUUGACAUGUGGGCAGCAGGAUGUAUUCUUGGAGAACUAUUAGGGCAUAAACCACUUUUACCUGGACGUUCUGAAAUUCAACAGCUGGAGCUUAUUGUUGAUUUACUGGGAACUCCUUCUGAUGCAAUUUGGCCUGGAUUCAGUCAGUUACCUGCUCUUCAAAACUAUACAUUAAAGCAACAACCAUAUAAUAAUUUGAAACAAAGAUUUCCAUGGUUAUCUGCAGCAGGUUUGAGGUUGCUCAAUUUUCUGUUUAUGUAUGACCCUAGGAAAAGAGCUACAGCUGAAGAAUGUUUACAAAGCAGUUACUUCAAAGAACCUCCACUACCUUGUGAUCCAAAACUGAUGCCUACGUUUCCCCAGCACAGAAAUAUAAAGAGCAGUAAAAGCUCUGAUGUUAACACAGGGGCAGGGGAUCAAACGAAUAAUCUUCCUGCAAUAUCAGAUCUUUUAGGAUCAUUGGUUAAAAAAAGGAGAAUAGAAUGAUAUGUUUCUUAUACCAUUUUGAUUCUUCUUUUUAACUUUCCAACUAAGAUUAGUUUCAAGCAUGAUAAAAAUGUUCUAAAUUCUAUGUAAUUUCUUGUGUGAAUAAAGAGAAGUUCAAUUAA